UGUUUAGUGUAUAUAGUAAACUCAGGAUACGUUUUAACCUACAAAAUACCAUUUAAUUUCUCUUUAGAAAGAUUGAGGGAGAAAGUUGAACAUAGAACUUGAACAAUAUUUGUCUGAAACGAACGUUUGUGUGAAUGUAAAAAGUUUAAGAGAGAGUAUUCAUCCUCUGCUCUUUAACAGCUGCUAGAAUAGAAAGCUCUGGGAAAUGUGAGAAACCUUUGAAGAAAAAAACUGAAAUUUAUUCAGUAUACUGUUGGAUUCCUGGUUCCACGCACUAUACUUAUAUUGAUAGUGACUAGCAUGGCGUUUGAAAGUUUAAGUAAUACUGAUUAUGCUGUGGUGGCCGGAUACUUCAUGCUUUGCCUGGGGAUUGGGGUUUGGUCCAUGUUCCGGCCUAAUAGGGAUACAAUAGAGGGGUAUUUUCUAGCAGGAAAAUAUAUGUUCUGGCUUCCGGUCGGAGCAUCCCUGUUUGCCAGCAACAUUGGAAGUGAGCAUUUUAUAGGGUUGGCGGGGUCCGGAGCUGCUUCAGGCUUAGCUACAGCUGCUUUUGAAUACAAUUCUCUGAUUCUACUUCAACUGCUGGGUUUCGUUUUUCUUCCCGUGUUCAUCGCGAGCAAAGUCCGUACUGUACCAGAGUUUAUGGUAAAGAGGUUUGGAGGAUCACGCAUAUCAACAUAUUUAGCUGUCAUCUCAAUGAUACUAUACAUUUUCACAAAAAUAUCGGUUGAUUUGUACUCUGGUGCGCUUUUUAUCCAGCAAGCUUUGAAUUGGAAUCUCUACUACAGUAUUAUGGCUCUUCUGGGUUUAACGUGCUUGUGUACUCUUGGUGGAGGGUUAGCAGCAGUUAUAUACAUUGAUGUUAUCCAAGUCCUUAUUAUGCUCGGAGGGUCAUCAGUUCUACUUUACAAAGGAUUAGAAGCAGUGGGAGGAUGGGAGGAACUCCAGAGAAAAUAUUUGACAUCAGCUCCAAAUAUUACCUACUGGUCAGCCAGUAAUACUUCUGUUUGUGGACUUAGUAGACCAGACUCAUGGACCAUACUAAGAGAACCGUAUGAAUCUGAUAUGCCUUGGCCUGGUUUCAUACUCGGACAAACUCCAACAUCUGUAUGGUACUGGUGUGCUGAUCAGAUGAUGGUACAGAAAGCACUGUCUGCUAAAUCUCUCUCUGAUGCUCAGGGAGCAACAAUAUUCACAGGAUGGAUAAAGAUUCUUCCAAUGUUUCUCAUUGUUGUUCCAGGGAUGAUUAGCAAGGUCCUUUACCCAGACACGGUUGGAUGCGUAGACCCAGAGAUAUGUCAGGCAGUUUGUGGAAACCCAGUCUCCUGUUCAAAUACAGCAUAUCCUGCUCUUGUUCUUGGAAUUAUGCCGGAAGGUUUACGAGGAAUGAUGAUUGCUGUAAUGUUGGCAGCUUUGAUGUCAGAUCUUACAUCAAUUUUCAAUUCAGCGAGUACACUGUUCACCAUAGAUGUUUACAAACAGUUCAGGAAAUCUGCCGGUAUUCCUGAGUUGCUGUUGGUUGGAAGAUGCUUUAUACUGCUGAUGGUGUGUAUAUCAAUUGGUUGGAUUCCUAUUAUACAAGAAAUGCAAGGAGGACAGCUCUAUAUAUAUAUACAGUCUGUAGCUGCCUACCUCUCUCCUCCAAUAGCUAUUGUCUACUGCUUGGCGAUAUUCUGGGAUCGAACUAAUGAACCGGGGGCAUUCUGGGGGCUAAUGUACGGAUUGGUGGUUGGAUUAGUUCGGAUGAUUCUAGAUUUCUCGUUCAAGGAGCCUAACUGUAUGGAACAGGAUAACAGACCUUCUAUUGUUAGUAAGGUUCAUUACAUGUACUUUGCAGCUGGUCUGUUCAUCUCUACUGCCAUUGUUACAGUUGCUGUCAGUCUAGCUACUCCUCCUUGUCCAGCUAAUAUGUUGAUCCGAACAACCUUCAAGACAAGAAAGAGUAAAGAGGUUAGGGAGGAUGAGGAUGAGGAUGAAGAUAAAAAGAUGACUGAAGAGGAUGACGAGGGUAUAAGGUUAAAAAUGUUAAAAGACCCUUUGGAUUGUGACAAUGAUGAUGAAGCUGAUGAUGAAAAUGAUGUGAGGAUUGAGGAGGGGGUGGGGCAGAAGCUACUGGACUGGCUGAGGGGAGUGGAAAGAAAGGAUGGAGAGAAACAUCAUCAGAACUUGAAAUCUCAUAUUGAGGAACUUGCACAUUUACCUCAGACCAUAUUACAAAAGAGUAUAUUGUACUGCAACCUGGUGAUAAUAGUUGGUAUAGCUUUUUUCUUCUACAUCUACUUCUCCAUAAACCCGUUUAACGAGGCCGAGCUCCAGGUGUUCAAGGAGAUCGCCCUCAACAGCACCAGCACUAGCGUAUACAGUAGUCCCAGGAUACUAUGAUGUUCUGAGUCUGGAAGUUAAUACAUAAACAUGAAAGUAUCAGAAAUUAUGUUUUAUUUUUGUUAUGUUAAAUGGAGUUUUUAAGUAACCUUUAAGUUUUGUUCGAUCCACAGCGGUACUUAGAUCUGUAAACCUUUAACUUUAUAUGUGGAAGAUAUCGUUGUUUUUCUAGCAAAAUGCCGCAAUUGAAAAUUACCUUAUUUUAAAGAUGAAAGAUGGAAAUCUAACGCAUUUUUGAUUAGACACUUUUAAAAGUACCGUGUGAAUGGUACAUGACACCCUAUGAAUGGAAAGCCACUUUCAUAUACACUGUACAAUACCUUUACGAUUAAUUUUAGUAGAAAUCAUUGUUAAUUACUAUAGUGUUGUGUUUAGCAGACUGAUUUCAAUGUGUAUGCAAUAUAAAUAACAAAAUAA